CAACAUGGCGCCGUAGGGACGUUAUUAUUGUUCCGUCGCUCCCUUCAAUCUUUUUCGCUGUUCACCGAAAACGACGCGGAAAAACCGGGCUGAGCGGGUUCAUGCGGGCAUGAGAGCAACACCUGGAUAUAAUGCUGAGAUCCACCGGCUUCUUCCGCGGGAUUGACUGUCCGUUUUACGCGGAAUAUAGCGAGAGCAAAGGCAGCAGAAAUGGGUGUAACAGACCGUACUGUCACUUCAGGCACAGCCAGCAAAGACGGCUCUCUUACGGGGCUGCAGCCGAUGUUAAAAAACUUCACUCGGCACAGAAAGAACAAGGUUAUGACCCAUUCAACCCAGAAGUUGUAAGGCCUCAAGAGCAGCAGAAUGGGAAGCCGGCUGCCUCGGGAGACCUCAGUGGUGCUCUGGAGAUGGUCAACAAGGCCAUCGAGGAGGUCCGCAGUGAGGUGGAGAGGGAGAAGAGGAAGCUCUCUCGCAUUGGGGACGAACCAUAUGAACCCACCGGGAGCACCAGUUUGUCUUCAUGUGAUGCUGGUAAAGGCAAAGCAUCAGGAGCAGCAGCAGCAGCAGCAGCAGCAGCAGCAUCCACACACUCGGCCUAUGAUCCUGGGAGUUACCAGAUGACAUCAGGAGGGUAUAAUCCCGCACCUGGUUGUAGCAAGUACACCUUGGAUUCAGACAACCAGGGGAACAAUAGUAACUCAAUGGAGUAUGUUCCUACUUCAGUGAAAAAGCCUCUGUCUCGGACACAAACACACCAACUCCCCUCUCCUCCCCUCAGCCCAAAGUACUCAAACAGCACAUCUUCCUCUAAGUGUAAAUACACUGUGGACAAUUCCAAACCAUCUACAGAUAUGGAGUAUGACCCGCUCUCCAACUACUCAGCGGGAAUCGCAGGAAAGCGCAAGAGGGGCGAGAGUGCACAUACUGUUAAAAAAGAGGGGAGCAAGUCACACAGACUACCAGUGUCGGAUUUGUCCGAUGAGGAGUAUGUCAUAGCAGUGAAAAAGCCACCGCAGCAGAGUGUGGACACAAAAAAGUACACUUUCUCUGACUCUGAUGGGGAGAGCUCUGGAACAGAGUAUCGACCCACCUCGCUUAGUAACCUCCAGCAGAGAAAAAACAACAUUGGGUCAGCUGGAGAGAAGGAGAGAAAAGAAAGAACUAAACAUAUGCUAAAUGCACUGACACAGAGGAAUAAAGAUGAUUUGGCACAGGACUCAGACAUCCAGGAAGAUAUUCAGGUAAAGGACAACCUGGAGAAAAAGAAAGUGGCUAGUCGAACUAGUCAUGAGAAAAGUGGCAAUUCUGAGAAAGUGCACAAACUUGAAAAGGAACUUAACAAAACAUCAAAUAGUAAGAGUGGCAGCAGCAGCAGCAGUAAGGAUAAAGGAUCAUUAAAGAACUCAAACCAGGACUCUGCAAAGAAGGAGAACAAGAGUCAUGGGAAGAAAGAUGAUAGGAAGAACACGGUUAAGGUUAAGACAAGUGACAAAGUUCACAGAGAAGACAAGAAAAGUGACAGUAAGAUUAAAGCUGUGGAAAAAGUAAAAACUGACCCCAGCAAGCGAGAUAAGGAUACAGAAAACAGUGCAAGGGAAAGCAAGAAACCCAAGAUUAUAGACAAGGAAAAGGAGCACAGCAAGAAUAAAGAGCGGCAACACAAAAAUGGUAAACUUGAUAGCAGUAAAAGAGAAAAGGAUGUGAAGAAACUUAGUAAAAGCAGUUCUAGUAGCGGGAGCAGUAACAGUAAAGGGAGUUCUGUAAUUAGUAAAGACAAGCUGAAGCAAAGCAUCGGCUCAUCAAACGGGAAGAAACCUGAGAAAAAACAGAGAACUCUGAGUCUAAGCCACGCCGAUCUGUUCGGUGAUGAGAGUCCAGAGGAGGCCGAACCGAUGGAAGUGGUGGACGACGACGACGAAGAGGCAGAGGAAGUGCUGGUGAGGAAGUCCGCCGACGCUUUAAAGAGGGGUCGACUGAACAAGAGGAAAGCGUCAGAGCUGACUCCAUCUUCGUCUGAGGACGAGGCCGACUGCAGCCAGGAGGGCGGCAGAGCAGAUAUGGACGAGGUCGACGGAGCUGCAAUGGACUUCUCCAGUUUCCAGGAUGAUCUGGACUUUGACUCCGAUCCCAUGGAGGAGUGUUUGCGGAUCUUUAAUGAAUCUAAGGAUGUGAAGAGGGAAGACAAGGGAAGGCAAGCUAAGCAGCCCUCUAGGGAUUCAGAUGAGGAGCAAGGCACAGAGGGCACUUUAACAACUCUCUUCCCUGGUCAGAAGAAGAGAGUCUCCCAUUUCGUUGCCAAAGGAAAUACUGAUGCACCUUCUAAGUCUGUGAUGCGGCCGUACAAGAGGCCCUCGGCCCAGGAGGUUUGUUACCAACGUAUGCAGAUGGCGCAGCAGCAAGCCACUCAGCUUUCUGCUUCAGUCAAAGCGGCCUCACAGAUCUCCAGUCCCAGCUCCUCUGGAGAGAGGAAGAGAAUAGCGCACCGUCCCAGCCCACUGAUGUCCUCCUCCAAAACAACAGGCUCUGCGGAUGCUAAACCAGCCAGCAGUCGAGUGUUAACCCCCAACCAGACCCAUCAAUCUGUCAAGGCUCAAACCACAGCUGGCAUCAUGUCCAAGACCAUGUCCACUGUCUCACAGAAGAGAGUGGCUCAUAUGCCCACCAUGAAGAGUACUUCAAUGAAGCGCCCCGUCAUCCCCAUUGAGUUUGGAGCCAAAGUGCCCAACAACGUCCGCCAGCGCUACCUCACCGCCUUCAUAGAUGAGUGUGUCAAAUUUUGCCCAUCCGACGACAUUGCCUUCCAGAUGGGACUCGAUGAGGAGAAGCUGGUGUAUGAUCGCAGCAACAGUAAGAACAUCUACCUGAACGUAGCUGUCAACACGCUGAAGAAGCUCCGCGGCAAGAGCAGCUCCUGUCCCUCCCCUGUCAGCAAGGAGCCAGGGUCAGCUGCUAACAGGAGGAUCCAAUCCCACGAGGAUGUUCUGGGAGGUCGUCUGGCUGCCACAACAAGCUUCACUAUCAAUAGGAUGGGUAAACAGCAGGAGGAGAAGCUCAUCGGAGUCACACUGUAUAGGAAGCUGAAGGCGUAUCUGAUGACAGAGGAGCAGCUCCAGGAGCACGGUUACCCGAGAACGAACCCUGAGGCCCCUGGCAAGGCCAUCAUAUACAACCUCCCAGAGAAAAAGGCCAUUGCAGACCCAUUCACCAAGAUAUGCUGUCGAUGUGGCGCUGAGUAUAAAAUCAACAUCAACGGCAACUGUGUGCGGAAAGAAGAAUGUGCUUUUCACUGGGGACGUUUGCGCAGACAUAAAGUCUCUGGAGGCUGGGAAACCAUCUACAGCUGCUGCGCCGGGGCUGUGGGCUCUCCUGGUUGCUCAGUUUCAAAGCAACAUGUUCAAGAUGGGCGUAAAGAGACAUUUGACGGCUACGUCUCAACGUUCAGUAAAUAUCUACCACCAGAUGGAAAUGGAGGGGUGUUUGCCUUGGACUGUGAAAUGUGUUACACAACGCAGGGCCUGGAGCUGACGAGGGUGACGGUCAUUGACUCCGAACUGAAAGUCAUCUACGACACGUUUGUCAAACCUGAGAGCAAAGUGGUCGACUACAACACACGGUUUUCAGGUGUGACAGAGGAGGACUUGGAGAGUUCCACCAUCACCCUCAGAGACGUUCAGGCAGUGCUUCUCAGUAUGUUCAGCGCUGAGUCCAUCCUCAUAGGACACAGUCUGGAAAGUGACCUCCUGGCUCUCAAGCUUAUUCACAGUUCAGUCGUAGACACAGCCAUCGUGUUCCCUCACCGACUCGGCUUACCUUACAAACGUGCCUUGAGGAAUCUGAUGGCCGACCACCUCAAACGCAUCAUCCAGGACAACGUGGAUGGCCAUGACUCGAGUGAAGAUGCGUCCGCCUGCAUGGAGCUGAUGUUUUGGAAGAUAAAGGAGGAUGCAAAGGUCAAAAGAUGACCUCUGACCCCUCGACUCCACCUUUGUCAGUUGCACUUCAUGCCUUCAUGUUGGUUGCAGGGAGACACCGAGGAGAUUGUUCAGGAGGCGGGAUGGUUCAGCACAGUUGGAAGUUUUCAGCAGAAAUAUCCUGAGAAGAGCUUUACCUCCUGUCGUACUUGAGAAGUGUCAGUCCCUUCAAAGCAAUAGGAGCUCAAACGAUCAGUGUUUCAUUACUUUAUUUCAGUUAUAAAUAAUGUUAGUUAAAAUGUAUUUCUGUUUAUUUGAGCAGUGUCUUUUAAUGGCAGCGGGCUCUUAAAACCAUUUAUAAAUAAAACCUUUCUAUAGCAGAACUACUUCAAAUGGCAGGGCAUUGUCCGCUGAACAAUGACGAUUAGUAUGAUAUUCAUGCCAGGCUGUGUCUUCAGCCUAAAUUGCACUAUAGAAACGCUCUUGUUGUAUAGGGCCCAAGUCUGAGUACCUCAUUUGUGUUAUAAUGCAUACACUUCUAAUGAAUAACACGUUACUUGUUCCUAGUUACACUUAAGUGCAUUGACGUCUUAGAGUCUGUUGAACAUUACUAUGUAAAUGCACUUGUGUUUUUCACGUUGCACCUCAUUUUAUCUGCCGCCAAUGCUCUGUUUGCACAGCGGUUCUCAUCAAGUUAAUUUUGUUGGCUCUCCAGCCUGAACUAAUCCUAUAAUACUUGAUCAUAAAUAAAGACCCGUAGCAGAAAUGUAAAGUCUCUGCUGCUUCCUAUUUGGUAUAGUUUGAAUGGAAUAUAUAUCACUGUAUUUUGUAGUUCAGACAAAAACGCUGACUAUAUCCACCACUGUCUCCGUGUCAUGUGCACUGCAUGAAAUAGAAUCACAGGAAUCAUUGUUACAGCAGGUAUGACAUGUCGUUCCUCCGUUAAUACAAAGUUAGCAUCAGUGAUAUUGAAUUAGGACUGAAUUACUAAUAAGAAACAGUGCGUAUCAGCUAACAUGUGCAGUUUUAUGUUGAUGAUGACUGAAGAAAUACCACAGUGCUGUAAAUAUGCUUUUUUUCCUUUUUGUAUUUGUUUAUUUUUGGUUGUUUAUCUUUUUCUAUUAAAAGGUAUUCGUUA